UAAGAUCGAAAAAUACUUAUCUCGUGUAGUCCGUAUUUUCGCGGUAGCAUAACGUGGCACGGAACAAACGGAAAUAAUUCUAAUUUUAAAAAAAACACGAUGAGAAAAAAUCUUUAAAAAAAUUAAAAAUUGAAAAAUAGAAAAAAAUAAAAAUUUGGAUUACUAGCAUAUUCAACAUAUGCGGAUAAACUUAAUUGGAUUACUUAAAACAUUUUUCAAAUAAAAAACAAUUGUGAAAGGACGUUAUAUUAACGUCUUAUCACGAACAAAACUUUUUUGGACAGAUGGCAAUACGAUGGAAUUCAAUAUUCAAACCUAUCUUAGUAGCUUUAGUUUCUUUUAUUAUAUUAGCACAAGUUUCAAAUGCACAAGAUCCCCGUUCGACAAGUAAUCGAAGGAUAGCUCACAGAAUACGACCGCAUCCAUGUGAGCAUAGUUCAUGUUACCCCGCAACUGGCAAUCUCCUCAUUGGUCGUGAAAAUCGAUUGUAUGCCUCGUCAACGUGUGGCGUGAAGAAGCCUGAACGGUUCUGCAUCGUUUCCCAUUUGGAGGAGAAGAAAUGUUUCCUUUGUGACACGCGAAAGGAGACGGAACAUGAUCCGCUGAAGAAUCACAGAGUUGGUCAAAUUAUCUAUAAAAAUCAACCGGGAACUCUCGAACACUCUUGGUGGCAAUCCGAAAAUGGCGUCGAAAAAGUCUCCUUGCAACUGGAUUUAGAAGCUGAAUUCCAUUUCACGCAUUUAAUCCUCAUUUUUGCAACUUUCCGACCUGCUGCUAUGUUAGUCGAGCGUUCUUAUGAUUUUGGCAGGACAUGGCAUGUCUACCGUUAUUUCGCAUAUAAUUGCGCGGAAUCCUUCCCCGGAGUGCCAACAGUCUCGCGAAACAUCACUGACGUUAUUUGCGAUUCGCGUUAUUCGAGUGUCGAGCCAUCGAAGAACGGUGAAGUGAUUUUCCGUGUUUUGCCGCCAAACAUGAACAUUGCCAACCCGUAUGCGGAUCACGUGCAAAAUGUCUUGAAAAUGACAAAUUUGCGUAUUAAUUUCACAAAAUUGCAUUCGUUGGGCGACACUUUGUUGGAUGAUCGUGACGAGAUUCAGGAGAAAUAUUAUUACGGUAUUACGAAUAUGAUUGUUCGUGGAUCUUGCUCGUGUUAUGGACAUGCUUCGCGUUGCUUGCCUCUGGAUGGCGUUGAAAAUCGCUACGAUAUGGUACAUGGCAAGUGUGAAUGUACGCAUAAUACGAAAGGUUUGAACUGCGAACAAUGCGAGGACUUUUACAAUGAUUUGCCGUGGAAUCCAGCGUUGGGAAAACAAACAAAUGCCUGUAAAAGAUGUAAUUGUAACGAUCACGCCUCAAAAUGUCACUUUGACCAACAAGUUUACGAAAACUCUGGACGUGUUAGUGGCGGUGUUUGCGAUGGUUGUGAACACAACACACAAGGACAACAUUGCGAACAAUGUCUUCCCUUCUUCUACCGUGAUCCUCUCGAAGAUAUUCGCAGUCCUUAUGUUUGCAAACCUUGCAACUGUGACGAACGUGGCUCAUUGAACGACGGCAUCUGCGAUUCCGUUGAAGAUCUCGAAAAUGGCAUCGUUGCCGGAGCUUGUCACUGCAAAGCCAAUGUCAAGGGACGUCAAUGCGAUCACUGCAAAGAGGGAUAUUGGAACUUUACCGCCGAAAAUCCCGAAGGAUGUCAAGAAUGUACUUGCAACAUUUUGGGAACGAUCAAUAAUUCGGGUUGCAACGUUUAUACGGGCGAAUGUACUUGCAAGCGUUACGUUACGGGACGCGAUUGCAACCAAUGUACUCCCGAAACGUACGGAUUGUCAUCGAGCGAAGACGGAUGCACGCCAUGCGAUUGCGCCAUCGGUGGUUCACUUGAUAACGAUUGCGAUGUCAUCACGGGUCAAUGCAAGUGUCGUCCACACAUGACAGGAAGAAAUUGUAGCACACCAAAGCAGCAUUAUUUCAUUCCGACGUUGCAUACUGUCGUUGAAGCGGAAGAUCAGUUUACGAUUUGCACCAACGAACAAUAUCCAGGACACAACUGCUCUAUCGUCGUUGGUGAUCGCUCAUACGAUCGCGUAACAGAAUGGACCGGACCCGGCUAUAUUCGUGUCAACGAAGGCAGCGAACUUACUUUCACCGUUGAUGAUGUGCCCAAAACAAGCCAAUAUGACGUCGUUAUUCGUUACGUGCCGCAACAAAAGGGCGGAUGGGAAGAUGUUCUCGUGACAAUUAUUCGUCCCGACAUUUACGAUCCUUCGUCUUCGGAUCCCUGUCGCAACAAAAAUCCCGAUGAAGAGACCGAAGUACCGACAUCUCUCUCAGACUACGAUCGCAGUGCUGUUGUUCUCUACGAUGUCUGCUUGGAAAAAGAUAAAAAAUACAAAUUUGUCAUUACUUUCCGCAGUCAACGGCGUCCCGAGUCAAAUCCAUCGGCGCAAAUCUUAAUUGAUUCGAUUGCGUUGAUUCCGCGCAUUGAAGUUACGACGUUGUUCAGUCAACGACCCGAAACUGAACACAUUAUCGAUGAAAUUAAGCGAUACAACUGCAAUGCGACGUACUAUGAAGUUAAUUACGACAAAAAAGUCGAUCGUCAUUGUCAGAAUUUGAUUCAUGAUAUUGAAGUUAUCGUCAAUAACGGAGCUACAGAAUGUAAUUGUAACCCAACUGGAUCUGUCAGUAAGAAAUGUAGCGAACACGGAGGCGAAUGUACUUGCAAACCAAACAUUGUGGGACGUCAAUGUGAUCGUUGUGCACCUUCAACGUACGGAUUCAGUCCUGAAGGAUGCAAACCAUGCGAUUGUAACAGCAUUGGAUCAAAAACAGCAGAAUGCGAUUUGGUAACUGGUCAAUGUGAUUGUCAUCCGAAUACCUAUGGGCGUGAAUGUAACCAAUGUCAACCUGGAUACUGGAAUUUCCCUAAUUGCGAGCCUUGUCAAUGUAACGGACAUUCGGGAACGUGCGAUUCUAAAACUGGAGAAUGUCUUUCAUGUCAAGAUUAUACAACGGGAUACAAUUGCGAUAGAUGUAUUGAUGGUUAUUACGGCGAUCCAUACCUCGGAAGUGACAUCGGAUGUCGUCCUUGUCGUUGUCCCGACACAAUUGCUUCGGGUCAUUCGUAUGCCAGCAGUUGCGCUCUCGUCCCAAGCACUCAAGACGUCAUUUGCCAUUGUGAACCUGGAUUUGCGGGAGCUCGUUGUGACAUGUGUGCCGACAAUUAUUACGGAAAUCCCGAUAAACCGGGCGGCAUUUGCAAGGAAUGCGAUUGUAACGGAAAUGUUGACUAUAAUCGACUUGGAAAUUGUGAUGCUCGAACUGGAAAAUGCUUGCAAUGUUUGUUCAACACGGGAGGAGACAGCUGCGAGUACUGCAAAGAUGGAUAUUAUGGAGACGCUACAAGACAAGAUUGUAGAAGAUGUGACUGCAACGUUCUCGGAACAAAUUCAACGAUUCAGCAUUGCGAUCGCUUUACUGGUCAGUGCCCAUGUUUGAAAAAUGUCGAAGGAAAGAGUUGCGAUAAAUGCGCGGCAAAUCAUUGGAAGAUUGCUAGCGGAGAGGGAUGCGAACCUUGCGCUUGUGAUCCAAUCGGUUCAAUGGAAGAUCAAUGCAAUGAAUACACUGGACAAUGUGAGUGCAAACAAGGAUUUGGCGGGCGUCAAUGUAACGAAUGCGAAACGAACUUCUGGGGAGAUCCGAAUGAGAAAUGUUCUCCUUGCGAUUGUGACGUUUAUGGAUCGGCAACAUCCCAAUGUGAUCGCACAACGGGACAAUGUGUGUGUCAUCAAGGCAUCGGAGGAUACAAAUGUAACCAAUGUGCUCGCGGAUAUAUUGGAGAUGCUCCUCAUUGUCGUCCUUGCGGAGAAUGCUUCGAUAAUUGGGACUUGAUUCUCAUGAAAUUGAGAGCUCAAACUGACACCGUAUUGGAUGAAGCCAAGCAAAUUAAGACUUUGGGAGCAACAGGCGCUUACACGAAAGAAUUCGAAAGUAUGGCCUUGAAAAUCCAACAAGUUCAAGAACUUUUGGAAAAUACCACAAUUGACGAUCAAACCAUUGCCGAAAUUCAACAUGAAAUCAGCGUCGUUAUGCUACACUUGAACGAUUCUCGUGGCGGAUUGGAAGGCGUUGAAGAUGACAUCAAGAAAAUUUCCUAUGCUAUUGGUUUAAGCAGUGCUGAAUUGGAUCGCAUGCAAGCAAAGAGCGAAGAAAUCAAAUCUUUUGCCCAUGAAUUGAAAGAAAAUGCGACAAAAUUACAAGAAGCUAAUGUCGAGGGUGCUCUAAAUCUCACGCGUGAUGCCUUACAUCGCGUGAACUUGCUCGAAGAUACCAAUCGUGACAUCCGCGAGCUUAAUAACAAAGCUGAAAAGCACUGCAAACGCAUUGAACAACUAAUCAACCGCAAUUCCGUCGAUUAUGACACUUUCAAUCGCAACAAUGACGAACUUAUCACGCAAUAUCAAGCCGAACUCGAAGGUCUAAGUGAGAAAAUCCCCGAUUUGAAUGAGAAAAUGUGCGAUAAACGUGGCGAUCCAUGCGACAGUGUCUGCGGCGGAGCUGGUUGCAAUCAUUGCGGAGGUAUUUCAUGCGAAAAGGGUGCCUUAACGAAGGCCGAACAAGCCUACAAGUUCGCAAAAGACACGGAAAAGAUCGUAAAAUUGAAGGAAGAAGCAGCUGAUGAUCUCAUUCGUUCGAUUUCGCAAGCAAAAUCAAGCGCUGUCGAUGGUUAUCGUAAGGCAAACAACGCUUUUAAGGCAACGGAAGGUUAUUACAACGAAACCGAGAAGCUGAUUAGCGAAGCACGAGACUUGAUAACGACUUUAACGGACUUAAUUGACAACAACACGGCAUCUCCGGAUGAAAUUAAGCAUUUAGCUGACCAAACCAUCAACCAAGAGCUCACUUUGGACCCCGAUGAGAUCAAAUAUUUGGCGAAGAAGAUCGACGAGACGGUUGCUCACUUGGAAAAUGUUGAUUCCAUCAUCGCAGCGACACGCAAUGACAUGGAACGCGUUGAAGAAUUGAAAGCAGAUGCGGAAUUUACAAAGAAACGUGCUGAAGCUGCCUUGAAACGCGCUGAAGAAGUCGUCAAAGACCUAAAUGAUGCCGAAGAAGCUCAAACAAAGGCCCGUGUUGCAAUUAAACAAGCGAAUGAAGACAUUGACUUGGCAAAGAUUGAUUUGGAACAAAUCGACAACGAAACAGGAGACGCUCAAACCCGAGCAAGUUCCACGGACGAUCAAGUACAAAAAUUGAACGAACGCCUACAAAAUCUCGUCAAAAAUUCGUUAAAGAACGAUUUGGAUGCCAAGGACAUCAAGAGUCGUGCUGACAAUGUCAAAGAUUUGGCAGGAAAUGCUCAUGAAUUAGUCACUCAAUUGAAAAACGAAUACUUGUCGGCAAAUGCUUCGUUAACGGAACGUGCAAGAAAAUCCGAAGGUGCUCGCGAACGUGCCCAGCUACUUUUGUCUCGAGCAUCCAAAAUCACCGUCGAUACCGCCAACAAAUUAAAGGAGCUACAAAGCAUGAACGACUUGUACAAAACAAACGAAAAAGAAUUGAAUGACCUCGAGGGCACACUUAAUCGCUUGAAUGUCGAUGUUGCCUACCAUCUCAACACAAUCACGGAACGAGCAUCUUACUACAGGCAGUGUACAUCAUAAAAAAAUCGAGUUCCGCUCUAACAAAAAAUUACAAUAUAUUAAAAAAUUAAGAAGAUUACUAUUAGAUGAUAAGUACAAAUACAGAACAAAAAAAAAAUUAAACAGAAAUCCACACCUACUUUAUACCAAAUAGAAAUUGAAGAUUAACAAAAAGAUGACUUUCUUAAAAAAAAAAAACUUUAUCCCAGAAAAUAUUUCGAAAGUAACGUUUAACUUAUAAGAUUUAAAAUUAAUUAAUAAAAAAAUUUGUCAAAAAAUAGAAAAAUUAGUCCGUAAGUUUAUAUUUAAUGUUAAGUUCGUGCCAACAAGUCCAAGUGCCUUUUCUCAUAAAAAAAAAAUAGUUUUAUGGGUGUUUCGAAUGGAAAAGCUCAAAUAUAAAUGUGUUUUUGUAAUUCAAUAAUAUUUUUUGUUAUCAUAAGUCUUUACAGUGAAGCAUUUAGUAUUAGUCGAAAUAGUUUUUUG